UUAGGAUAGAUAUUUGUAUCUAUGGCGACUCAAAAACAUAAACGACACAGCAACCUAAUUAGCUAUACUGUAUACAACAAUGUGGCGGACGCAAGCCCAAACUAUUUUUAUGGUUGUACUAUUGUUAAUCUGUAAUAAUGAAGUCAGUCCAGGUUUGCCAUGGUUCUCCAUAGCAACGCAAGGGGUCGAAAGGCAGGCUCGAUCGAUACAAGGGCCAUCUCCGGUGAUUUUUUAAAUCCAACGUCUAUACGUACACUAGCCAACGUUGACUAGCAAGAUAGCUAGUUUAGCCACAACUAGCUACCCACGAUUAACUAGCUAAUAGAGUAAGCUAAACAUUUAUUUCCUCAUCGUUCCUUAUCAGAUAUCAUUGUAUUACCGAGAGAAACAACCAACUCUGGUUCGAAGCCACUGUGACAGUCGUCUGGCCUUGUACAUGGGGAAGUGGAUCGCCAUUACAAGGACAUUUUUUGAGGAUGCAACAACUCCACUCCGCUAUGAAGGGGCUGAUAAGCUUCAUGGGUCAGUAAGCUCAGCAGCUUUUGUGUUGGACAACCUUGCCAUUGUGAUUGAUGGGAAAUUAUACUUACAUUCUCUAACUGAAGGGACAUGGACUCCUGCUCAAGGAGUGAAAUCCACAGUGUCUACGGUAUCCACACUACAGUGCUGCUUUAGUAAAGAGAAGGCCUGUAUGGAAGUGAGCUCUUGUGUUCUGCUGUACAAUCUAGGGAGUGCUCUUGAGGAACAACAGGUGUACCUGUCCAGGAAUGGAGGCAGCUUUUUUACUAACCUCCCGAUGGUCCCUAAGGGAACAGAAUUUAUCGGAGGGGUAUUAAACAUGCCCACUGUGUCAAGCAUUGUGGCUAUGAUCAUUAACAACCAAAGCAAGUUUUCUUUCAGAUUCAUUUCCUCAAGUAACUUGCUGCAGACCGACGAGCACCACUUGCCAGACCCUGUGUCCAGCAUCAGUGUGAUCCAGCCGGCAGGCUUCAGAGGUCACCUUAUAACAUGGAGUCCCCACAUGCUGCGUUACUCACCCAACCAUGGUGUGGUGAUUGCACCAGUAUAUGUGAUUGGAGAAGAAAAUACCUACCUUCCGCCUUCUAAUGUCACCAUUUUACAGGUGGCAACAGAUGACAACGGUGUGGUAGCUGUUCUCACCAGCGACGGGGUGCUAUAUUAUGGCCGGGCUGGCCUGGAGGCAAAUGCAGUUAAGUUUGUGUCUGUCAUUGACACAUCCAGGGAAAACCUGAUGCUUUUCACUGACUAUGGGGACCUGAUGCAGAUUCAAGUCAGGGAGGACCUUUUGUUUGGCGGGAUAGCCUUUGACAAGAGGGCUAUCGUUGUCCAGCAGGAGCUCACACGUACCACGCCACCUGUUCAGUCUUGCCCAGUGGAGCAGUUUCGCAGCACUUUUGAUGGGGAGCUCUUCUACAUGGGCAUGGGCGACCAUGUCUACCUGUCUGUCGUCUACAUCCCCUCUCCUCUCUGCACCUUCUUCCCACUGGUUACAGUGACUGACUCUAAGGUGCUGUCCUUCAAGGAGAAGUGUGUGGAGGAUGGCAUUACCACCGAGGGUAUCAAGAAAUACCGCCUGGACAUUGAAGUGACACAACUGUCUGUUGAACAGACAGAAGACAGAUCCCUCAAGCCCAGUCUACCAAAAAGCAGCCUCUCAACAAUCACAGUAGACCUGAUGGGGAGGGAUGUAGCCUGCAAAGACCUCAAUCCCCUGAAAGCUCACAUUGUCAUCGGAUGUCCUCCUGAAAAGCAUAUGCGAAUUGUGAGAAACAUAACCACUUGUAAUCAAGGCGUACUCACUCAAGAGCAGCUCCAGGACAACUUCCACUACGUCAUCCCCAGAGCUGCAUAUGACCCUCUACUCCUGUACCGGCCUGACUCUGCCUCUAGUGACCUGCACGUCUCCUACAACAUCACAGAAUACUUCUGCCCCCUACUGGUCUAUCAUGACACUCCUUGGAUACCCACUCUGGAGCUGUGGAACAAUAAUGACUUUAUAGAGCAGGUGAGCGCUGACUUUGUGAUGUUCGAAGUGAAUGGCAUGUUUAACUACAAGUACCUCCAGUCGGCAAAGGAGGCCCAGUGUGUUUCCCAACCCCAGAACUGGACCACUCUGCUGAGGCUGCAGCCAAACGGACCUAACCCCAACACAGCUUGGACUAGUAACAACUAUAAAAGCUGCAAGGACAAAUACGGUCCGCCGCUCACUGACCCAGGAGCUCAGUAUCAGGUCCUCAACAUGGGAACAGCAAACAGAAUCUUGUUUCCCAACUUCAAUGGGAUGUAUAUUUUCAAAGCCGUCGUGGUGGAUCCUAGCUACAGCUAUUGUAUGCUGUCCACCACAUUCAGUGUGUAUGUGUAUGGAGGGUUCCCCCCAAACAUUCUGCCGUCUGGGGUGGUGCUAAUACUCUUCCUGGCCAUCUUUGUUGUCUUACUGAUUAUUGGCUUUUUUCUCCGCCGGCCCAGUCACCUAAAAAUCAGUUGAAGGCAUACUUUACACACAUACACGUGUGACUUGUUGUUUACAACCAAACACACAGUUACGAUACAACUUAAAAUCAUAGAACAGUGGAAUCAGGGUUCUAUGAGAUCACAAGGUUGAACACCUGUCUGUUUUUAGUUUUUGUCAGGGUUCCUGCAUUGAGCGGGCAAACAUGCACCUCUGUUGACACAAAGGAAUAUAAUGCAUGCAUUCUGAGCACUCUGACAAAAAUGUGAUUAGCUGUUCAGCAUAUGCUUUCAGUCAGUUAGUUAUCCCAGUCUAGAUUUUGUCUUGUUUUCAGUUUUAGGAACUAAUAUAGUUGAUCUGAAAUGUAUUAAAGUGGGGUGGAGAAUGGUAAAUAAGCAAUAGGAAACUUGUAUGUUUUGCUUAU